AUGCUGCCAACAAACGUUAUGUCUUUUAUGAAAAAAAUGGUGGCGCAAGAGGAAACGGCAGUGCCAGGUCAGAUAGAAACACCUGGCACUUUCGGCAAGCUGCGUCAGACUUUAUCAUCUUCACUACUCACCGCACAGGAUAAAGUGACAAAACUUGGCCCGCGCCCAGCCACAGAGACUGUAGUAGAGCCAACGCCUGCAACGCCGCCGGCUCAACCGCCGCCCACCACCACACAGCCACCGAAAACUGAACGAGAGGCUGGUAAAGCCCCGUCACGUGCUGGAGCUUGCCGCGUUUGCUUAAAAGCUUUAAAGCCUGGCGAAGUAUUCCACAUAUGCAAUGGAUGUCAGCACCGAGUUUGCGAAGAUUGUUCAUCAUAUUCUAAACCUGCAAGUGAUGAGGAAGCGAACUCUUGGAGGUGUUCCGUGUGUCGUCGUAAAGCGGGGCCUAGACUUCCUCCAGCAGCACAGGAUAGUACGGAUUCGCUCCUAGAAGUGCCCGUACUUGAGGCUUUACAACGUCGUCAUUCAGAAGCAAGGCUUGGCAGCGGGGGCUCAAGUACUGCUCUCGCCCCGCCACGCUCGCCUGAGUUACGUCGACAUUCUGAUGUUUCACCCGCUUCACUAAAAGAGUUAGAAAAGGGUGGCGGCAGUGUGACACCGAACACAGAGUCGCGUCGGCCGAGUACGGCGACACCGACGCGGCGUCGGUCGGUGCGUGCGCCGGCGCCGCGUCAGAGGUCUGUCGAUGAGGAUCAAAAUGCUUCAGCACCCGCGCUUAAUGCCCCUCCGCCAAUGUCUAGAAGGGCCUCAGCGGUGGACGUAGUGGGUGGGGGUGCUCGUCGCAGUUCAUACCGCCCGGAACCUGACACGACUGAUUCCCCGCCACAAAUCAGCGGCUUAAGCGUCGACGAGGACAGGCCCAUCAGGCGACGAGGCAGCCAACUUCCUGACAUCGCGGCAUUGCAACAAAGAACCGGCGCACUGAGUGCUAUAGCAGCUCUCGCGUCGCGUGCAGAUGUAGAGUCGAGCGCAGCCGCCGCCGCCGCCGCCGCCGCGGCUGCCGCUGCGAGGCAGAUGUCUGUGGAUGCAGAAGCUAUCAAAAUUGUCAUACACGACGUUGAUGAUCGUACCCCAAGACGUGUCACAUUACGACGGGAUCCUAAUGAUAAAGGCCAUCGAUCGCGAGGUUUUGGCAUGAGAGUUGUAGGUGGGAAACCUGACGCGAGUGGUCGACGUGAAGCAGUUAUAGUAUGGACAGUACCUGGUGGACCUGCUGACCUCGUUGGACUACAACAAGGAGAUAAGGUAUUGGAAUGGGGCGGUGUCCCAUUAACGGAACGCAGUUUCGAAGAAGUAUGCGCAGUGUUAGAGCGCGGUGGUGACACAGUGGAGUUACUGGUGGAGCCAGCACCACAGCUCGAUGACCCACAGCCUCCACCCACACACGCGCCUCAUCAUCAUCAUGGAUUAUAUGAACCGGAUACGGACAAGUCACCAUCGUCUCCAACGCGAAGGAAAUUGCCGAAAACCCCGACAGUGGCAUCGAGAAUAGAAGAUGUUUUAGACUGCAAGAAGCCUCGAAGAUCUUAUCGCAGUACAAGUCAAAUGUUGUCGGCGAUCCGCAGUCAACAAAAGCCCGAACAAGAUCGUGCCGAACGUGCUCGCGAGCGUCCACUAGCGCGUGCGCAGUUACAAGUGUGGUUUGAGAACGAAAUUCGCAAACUCGUGGUCGUUCUCAUCGCAGCAGAUGAUUUGCCUCCUCGCGACCACACACUAGGAUAUGGUGACGAACCUGAAGCUUUCGCAAGAAUACGUCUAUUGCCAUCCCUUGAAAGCUGCCCGCCUGUGGAGACUGAUCCAGCAUCGGCCUCGUGCACUCCAGUUUGGAACGCGACGUUGGGCUUUGGAGGACUUACUGCGGACUUGUUAGCUGGUCGUGCGUUAGAACUCACACUAUGGGAUGCGUGUCCUGGCAUCGACCCUGUGCUCAUUGGAGAGUGCACCAUGGAAUUAGAGAAAGCGUUUGCUGAAGAACGUGCAGUUUGGUGGACGCUUGAAGAACGCGGCACCCGCUCAGCUAAUGCUUCACCGCGUGGCUCUCUCACAGGCGCGCGCGCCUUGCGUAGAGGAGACUUUGCUUCUCAACGAUCUGUUUCAGAUGACGUGGACUCAAUCGGAGAAUGCGCAUCUCUCCUUCACCCUGACCACGCGUGGGUGGCGGGCUCACGCCGCGGUUCCUCGCAGUCCGAGACGUUAGAAGUAGAGGUUUAUCAACUCGGAAAAGAUUUCUCACGGUCCUUGCCUGGGUCGAGGAGAUCUUCAUUCCAACAGCAAGAUAAAGAUGGUGGUGUCGAGCCCCCUGUGUGCUCGCGCCGCGAGCGACGUCGAUCUUCUUGCGUGCGGCGUGACCCCGACGACAUCCUGCGUUCUCUGCGCGCCGUCAAGGGCGAGCUCGGGCGCACGCUGUCGCUUUCUGGCUCCACCGCCAGACGCACGGCGACGGGGCGCAAGGGCAGCAUGUGGGCGGCGGUGCCGGCGGCGGCCGCGUGCGACGCGGUGGCGGACGACGACGACGAGGUGCCCCUGGGCCCGGGGCAGUUGCCGCCGCGUAACACGCACCUACCGCCGCUGCAUGCUGAGAUUAACAUCAGCAUUAUCAUGAUUAAGGGACAAUUGGAACUUGAGAUAUCUCACGCACGUCGGGUAUACGGUGUGAACGGCGAGGUACCAGACUCAUAUGUAAAAUGCUAUCUUCGCGAUGGUGAAAAAUGGCUACAUAAGCGCAAAACGAGGGUAGUACGUCGUACUACUGAACCUCAUUUCAAACAGACCUUGAAAUAUCAGGCGUGCGAAGCGCUAGGCCGUACACUAGUGGUGAUGCUCUGGCAACGCUGCGGCGGGUUCGAGCACAACCUGGCGCUCGGUGGGGCAGAGAUCUGCCUCGACAAGCUGACGCUGCCGCAGCGCACGUACGGCUGGUACCCGCUGUUCCCGGCCUCCUCGCUCGCCACCGACGAGUCGCCCGAC